GAGGGGUUGGGUGCAAGUGCAUGUUUGUCGCCGAGCAGAAAUUAAACGCAUAUUCCGCAGUUAUUGUAAAAACAUUGAACACAGUUUCGUCCAAAUAAAAACAUGAAUCAAGUGAAUUUAAUGAAUAGUGACAUAUGAGGCACAGUCCGCAUUUUUGUUAUCUGUGAUAAGAAAUACGAGAAAGUAGUUGCAUAACUUGAAACGCAGAAAAACGUCGCCAUAAUUUGAACAACAAAAACACAACAUAUUUUGUGCAAUUGCACUUACCUUUGCACAAAAAUAAUAGCUCACAGACGCAAAGAAAAACGAAUAAUUGCAUUAUUCGGGCCGCGCCGAAAAUUACAGCGCUCCCCGAGCGAUUGUGGCGCCACAGGCGCCCCUCAUUAUAUUCGCUGUACGUUAAGUGAACACGCUAGGAGACCCAAAUUGCCUAGCAAGUGCGCAUCCUUUUACAAACAUACAGUGGAGCACAUCGACUAUGUCCCAAAACCAACGUGAUACUUUGAUUCAUCUCAUUGCCGGCGGGUCCGCUGGCACCGUUGGAGCCGUUGUUACAUGUCCUUUGGAGGUGGUAAAGACACGUCUGCAGAGUUCGACAGCAUUCCUCACGCCGCCACGCUUGGCAGAGCCCGCGGGCUCCACAAAUGGAUCAUCAGAGCUUCUGAGGCCGGAACAACGACGUAAGCUAAGCACAACGAUAUUACGUAACAGAUCACAGCCACAGGUGAUUGGGGGUGUGCGUAGGAUAAUGGCCAUUUCACACUGCGGCAUCUCAUCCGCCUCCACAAAGUCAAUGAGCAUCGUACAAUGCAUACGGCACAUUGUUCAGAAUGAAGGAGCACGCGCUUUGUUUAAAGGCCUAGGUCCAAAUCUCGUUGGCGUGGCACCAUCCCGUGCUAUCUACUUCUGCACUUAUUCCCAAACGAAGAGCACACUCAAUAGCUUGGGAAUCGUCGAGCCGGACUCACCGCCCGUGCACAUAAUGAGCGCCGCUAGUGCUGGCUUCGUCUCGUCCUCAGCCACCAAUCCAAUUUGGUUUGUGAAGACGCGCCUCCAGUUAGACUACAACUCAAAAGUGCAAAUGACAGUGCGACAGUGUAUUGAACGAGUGUAUGCGCAAGGCGGCAUCGCGGCCUUUUAUAAGGGCAUCACAGCCAGCUACUUUGGCAUUUGUGAGACAAUGGUGCACUUUGUCAUCUAUGAGUUUAUAAAGUCGAAGCUGCUAGAGCAACGCAAUCAACGCCAAACAGACACCAAAAGUUCACGGGACUUCCUUGAAUUCAUGAUGGCUGGUGCAGUAUCUAAGACCAUAGCAUCCUGUAUCGCAUAUCCCCAUGAGGUAGCACGUACUCGUUUACGUGAGGAGGGCAAUAAAUACAAUUCGUUUUGGCAAACAUUGAACACGGUGUGGAAGGAGGAGGGACGAGCGGGACUAUAUAGAGGCUUAGCCACUCAAUUAGUGCGUCAGAUACCUAACACGGCCAUUAUGAUGGCAACCUAUGAGGCAGUGGUUUAUGUGCUGACGCGACGAUUUAACAAUAAAUCGAACGAGUUCUACGAUUUUUAGAUAUUGUACUGCUCCAAAAUCCGCCUCGAAGGGACAUGGUGGUUCCCCCGCUGGAAUUAUUGGGAAACUACCGUCCGCGUUAAGUUAACACUGAAAUCAGAAUCUGUGCAUAUGUAGACAUAACUGCUGCAACUUUUUGCUUUCGCGACGAUUUAACCAACGAGCGCAACCUUUUUAUUGAUUAGCUUUAAAGGCAACGAACCAGAAAACAGGUCGAUUCAGGCAAACACCCCAAUGAAAUCUGAACUCAAACAGAUAUGUGUGGCAACCUAAUCCAUCUAAGUUUCCACAGUUUUCAAUCAGGGUCAGGAUCAGACUUUAUUAGAGAAAUACGUGCACAGAAAAAGAAAAAAACGACUUGAGUUGAAAAAUUCGCAAACGUUAUCAAAAUUCUAAAAGGCUGCUAAUUAGUUAAACAUUUAGAUAUGUGGUUGAUAUUUUUAUAUAUAUUCACUUGUAAAUAGAAAUUUGUUAGCAUAUGCAAACAUGUUAUAUAUAUUUAUGGAGUAACUUUUAGUUAUGAGAAAUAGUGUGCUUCCCAUACACACCAUAGGUACAUUUUCUAUGUAAAUAGGGAUCAAAAGUUACGUUUCAUCUUCUGUUUCCUCAAUUACUGAACUCGAUUUAUUUUAUAUGUAUAGUAAAUAUCUAUGAAUAAGCACAAAUGUUUAGAAUCCAAAGCACACAGAGCCACCUAGGUAGAUAGCUUCUCAAUGGUGCAUCUUUAUUGCCAGUCAUUAAGGAGCUGCACCGAGCCGAAAGAUUGCUGCCGGCAUAUAUAAAAUUGAUAAACAAACGAUGCACGCAAACGCUGCGUAUACAUAACUACGUGUUAAGUUUCCUCAAAUGCGAUAUAUGUAUGUACAUUAUAAUUAUUAUUACUUUACGUACUAUAUCUUAUGAAACGUUGCUCUUUAUUUAAUCCAUUAUCUAGUUAGCUACUACGCUAGUAUGUACCACAUUUUUUGUUUGCAGUCGCUCUUUGCAACUGAAAGCAAAGAAGGGAUAAAUCUACUGUGAAGAAUUGAUUGUAAUCUGUUUUAACGGUGAAAUCAAUAAAAACAUUUGUUUAAACAUAAAAUUGUAAA